AGUGCUGAGGGGAGCGUGGCAGCGUCGCCACGGUGCUGCGCCGUGCGGGGAUCGAUGCUGUUACAUCAGCCCCUGUGGACCUUCUUCGUCUCUGGUGGGCCGCAGUGUGUAUUGAGGCGGCAGUGAAAACCAUCAAAAGCUGCUGGAGCAAAGUUGCGCUGUGUCCCGUUGCCUGAGGCCUGGCCUGCAGGGGCAGAGGUGUGCUCAUCUCCCAGUGUGCUGCUUGUGCAUGGAGUAUGCCUGAGGAAUUGGAAACAUCUGGAAUUGGAAACAGUGGAGGAAAGCGUAUGUGAGAGUGUGGGAAACUCCGCCAAGCUACAGACCCACAGACUCUCAGGAAGGCUGCACAGUAUAAAUACAGGGCCGAGGCAGCUUCCAGCAACACAUUUCUCCUGGACUUCCACUCCGAGACAGUCCUUCCCCUCUUUGGACAGAUGGCUCCCAGCAUUGUUUUCAUGGAGCCCGACAACCUGCUGACACCAAAGGAGAAAAACAAACUCAGGAAGCCGGUGGUGGAGAAAAUGCGCCGUGACCGGAUUAACAGCAGCAUUGAGCAGCUGAAGCUGCUCCUGGAGAAGGAGUUCCAGAGACACCAACCCAACUCCAAGCUGGAGAAAGCCGACAUCUUGGAGAUGGCUGUCAGCUACCUAAAGCAGCAGAGCCAUCUGCAAAUGAAGACUUCAGGAUCCUUCCAUAAAAGCUAUCAGUUUGACUUCAGAGAGGGCUAUUCUCGGUGUUUGCAAGAAGCUUUCCAUUUCCUCUCUCUUCACAAAGUCCGAACUGAAACUCAGACCAAACUCCUAAGUCACUUCCAGAAGAGCCAAUCAGCUGCUCCAGAGGUUUCCUUUUCUCCCAGCAAGCCCACUACCCUGAAGCAAGCAUCACCAAAAGACACUGGUACUCUCUGGAGGCCCUGGUAGUCAGGGAAGCUCUCACUUAGUGAACCUUUGCCUUUUAGAGUCCAGAGGAAGAAUCUGACUGCAUCUGAUAGUCCAGCUCUGAUCCUCUCUUCUGUAGGGUGCAUUAUUUCCCCAUGUAUUUUAUUUAUGUGUGAGAAGAAUGGUGUGCUUUUGACUUUUGUGGCAAAAGCUCAGUCAUUCUGUUGUGUGGUAUUGAAGCUGUGUGGGUACUGGUGAUCAGCACACAGUGUGUUGCCCACUUUGGGGGCAAAUGUCUUCAGCAGGAGGGUAUUUUUGUAUAAGUUACAUUUGUGAUGGGCAAGAAUUGCAGUAGGAGAAUUUUGCUAACAUUGCAUGUAAGAGCCAUUGGCUUUGCUCUGGUUUGACUGGUAACUCUUGUUUGCUCAGUCAUUCUGGAGGAUAAAUGUGCAACUUCAGUUCAUGCACACUUAAUUCAAUUCCAUUUCCUCCCAUUUCCUCAUCACCUGUUCUGUGUCAAAGGCGGUUUUUGCUUUGUCCUGGAUUUUUCUUCUCUGACAGUCCUUUGAUAGUACAUGAAGUGUGACGGAUGAACUGAAGCUAGGAAACUAUGUGGAAUAUUUCUACUAUUUUACUGCUUUUUCGAUUUAGAAAAAUAAUGUGUUACUGCUUUAUGUUAAAGAAAAGAGUAGAUAAACUGCUCGAUUUGUCAAUGUUAUAUAUUUUGGGUGUAAGUUAUGCUUUUUCUAGCAUCUUCAUUAUAAUAAUGAUUGUUUGUCUGUAUUAAGUGGUGUAAUUCAUGGUGGAUAGUGUUUCUCCCAUUCCUGGGACAGCCCUACGGCUUACAUGCAUACUGUGUAUGCGUCUGUGUCUGUAGAGAGAAAUAAAAUGCAUUUGUGUGCAA